AUGAAUCACAAUAAUGCCGUUGUGUCGGUAGAUUUGAACGAGCCUGAUUUGACCAUCUACAGAAAGGGGUUGCACUCCCAUACUCAGUGUACUUUUGGGUGUCGGACUCUGGGCAACUUGGUUUCUGUUCCCCGUGCUACACGAAUGUUUCUGUUGAUGAACUAUAAGUUUUUAAUUCUAAAGACAUCUCAGAUGUGUUCCGAUCAUAUUGGUCUAGAGAAUUACUGGCCCUUGGUAAAACAAAUUACUCGUGAAGUGGCACCAGAAGAGCAAAAACUGGUCAGCGAUCUUAUGUUCGAGUACUACCAAAGUUCACGAAGUGAACUGGUUUUUAAUAUUGAUAAUUUGAAUUCAAUCGACGACGAGGAUUUUAAGUCCUGGUUCGGUUUUUAUAAAACCGAAUUUACUACCAUUUGUACAUAUAUCAGAUCAAGCGAAGCCAAGCAUGUGGCCGUACUCUUAUGCAAGAUGCGCACUUCUUUGUCGAAUAAACAGAUGAGUUUUUUGUUCGGAUGCUGUGAGCAGACGAUUGCAAAUCACAUGACCAAAGCAAGGAAUGACUUGCUAGAAAAUCUGGUUCCCCUGUUUCUCAACAAUAAUGAUCGCAAUAUAAUUUUAAAUCACAACACACCUAUAGCAAAAUCCCUUUUUGAUAUGGAUGAUCAAAAUGGAGUUUGUUUAUUCGAUGCUACAUAUCGUUUUGCUCAGAAAUCUAAGAAUUUUGUCGGACAAAAACAACUCUGGAGUGAACAGAAAAAAAUGCCCCUUACAAAGCCAAUGGUCGGCUGCGCUCCAGAUGGUUAUGUGUUUUAUGUUUUAGGUCCAUACGAUGCGACCCAUAACGAUGCCGUAAUUUUGAAAGAUUGUCUGGUUCGAUAUGAAGACACGUUAGCAGGUCUACGAAAAAAUGAUGUGAUUGUUGUUGACAAUGGAUUUCGUGAUGUUCUUGGUGAUCUUAGCGAAAGAGGUCUUUUGGCCUACGUUCCUGGAACUGGUCAACGAGACACUUUUGAAGCAAAUAAAGCACGGUUUGUUACAAAGAUUCGUUGGGUUAACGAACAAGUGUUUGGUCGCCUGAAACAAAAAUUUAAGCUAUUCGCUAUACCAGCUCAUAAUAGUACUUUAUUCCAUGACUAUGACUCCCUCCGUAUUGCCUUUGCGCUUCUAAAUCUUUUUCAUAAGCCUAUCCUCAGCGAUAAAGAACAUGAAGAUAUUGCUAUUCUUAUGAAAUCUCGUUUAAAUGUUCCAAACCUCUUAAAGGAUGUUGUUGACCAUUACAAUUUAUCCAGAGUAAAGAUUCCCUAUAUUGACUUAAAUUACACGUCGCUUGAUAACAGAGCGAACAAUAUGUUACUUCGGUUUCCCCAACUUUCAAUGGAUGAUUUAUACAAUGUUAGUCUUGGGCCCUAUCAGAUUAAAAAUGCCAUAUCGUAUUAUGCGCAACACCAACAAGAAGAUAUCUUCCUCGUUCAAAAGUUUGAGCCCAGUCUUCGAUAUCGAAUUGCUUCAUUGGACUACGCCAAGUUUGAUAUUAAGAUAUCAGAUCCAGUGCUCAUAAAAGCGUACAUGAAAUCUCGAUUUCGGAGCACAAAACAUCAUCACAUUUUUGUACUCUUCGAUCAAUCAAAGUCUGCAAGAGACUCGAUUGUUGAAUAUUUUUGUACUUGUGAAACAGGAUCUCGUACCGUUGGCUGUUGCAGUCAUGUGAUGACAAUCAUAUGGUAUCUCGGAUACGGGCAGUACAAUGAAAUACAAGUACCUAAUCCUAAUAUAACGAAUGUGUCGAUAACAAUUCCCAAAGUCCGAGUCAAUGAUGAAGAAGGCAUUGAAGAUAGUGACACGGACGACUAA